AUGAAUGCUGCGCCAGUAAUCGUUGGUGGUGUAAGGACACCCGCAAGACGAAGACCAAAUCCAAGUGGUAGCCAAGCAAGUAACACUAAUCAAGGAAGAAAUAGCGGCGCUUCAAAUACCAUAUUAAAAAUUUAUGGAGAUGAUUCCCCCGGUUUUAAAUUAACACCACAAACCGUUUUAAUAUCAACCUUAAUUUUUAUGGCAACAGUAGUUAUUCUGCAUAUUAUUAGUAAAAUUUAA